CAAAAAGUGAGCGGACAGAAAGAAAAGGGGAGACUCGGAAGGGGCAGACCACGUAACAAAAUAUGGUCCGUGCGUAUAAUGUAAGACUCCUGGAAGUACACGAUGUUUUCUUUCCUUUUUUCUUCCUCUUUCUCUGCUCUUUCUCUCUCUUUCUUCUUCUCCUACUCUUCAGAUUAUGUAGAACAACUAGCAAGAACAAAAUACCAAGACAAAGAGAGAGAAACAGCAAUUUAAGAGAGAGAAAGAAUGUCGUCUAAUGUGGAGAAUUCAUCGCUGAUCGCUAACUUCUCCGACGGCAUUGAUGAUGUUGAAGAAUUUUCGAAUGAGGGAAAAUCGUCUAUGUCAUAUGAGAGAUUUCAACAGUUGUUUGAGUUUGUGCAAGGUGGAAAUCAAGCUUUUCGUUGUGGUAGAUAUGAGGAGGCAAUUAAUUAUUAUUCACAAGCCAUUCUUGUCAAACCGGGGGAUCCGAUUAUUCUGAGCAAUAGAUGUGCAGCUUACAUAAGGUUAAGCCUUUUUUUAAAAAGUCGGGCCCCUGAUGUUUCUGAAUGUAAUCCAUUGUAUGGGCUGGAUCCAACAACACAUGCUGAACUUGCAUUGAAGGAUGCUGAAAAGGUGAUGAGCUGUAGAGAUAAUGCUAUUAAGUCGUACAUAUUGCAAGCUGAUGCUCUUUUCUUGUUAGAGAAAUAUGAGCUGGCACGUGAUGCUGUUAUUGCUGGUCUGCAGCUGGAUCCACAUAGCACCCAUCUUCAAGCUCUUCUAAUGAUUUUGGAGAAAUUGUGUGCUGGUAUAGUUUGUGGAAGAAGCCGUGGAAAACUAGAACGUACUGAUGAGUUUGAUUGUACCCUAUGCCUAAAGCUACUAUAUGAGCCUGUUACCACGCCUUGCGGUCACUCAUUUUGUCGCUCAUGUCUAUUUCAGUCGAUGGACCGAAGUAAUAAAUGUCCACUUUGUAGAACUGUGCUUUUUAUCACUCCAAGGACAUGUGCUAUCAGUGUAACUUUAAACAACAUCAUACAGAAAAAUUUCUCAGAGGAGUAUGCUGAGAGGAAAUCAGAAAAUGACAAUUUGGUAAAACUCGGUGUUGAUUUGAUGCCACUUUUUGUGAUGGACGCUGUGCUCCCUUGUGAAAAGUUGCCACUCAAUAUUUUUGAACCUCGCUACAGACUUAUGGUUAGGAGGAUAAUGGAAGGGAAUCAUCGGAUGGGAAUGGUCACACUCGAUUCCACAACAGGUCACAUUGCUGACUUUGCUUGUGAAGUGGAGAUAACAGAAUGUGAGCCACUUCCUGAUGGACGCUUCUAUAUAGAGGUUGAAGGACGCAGAAGGUUUCGCAUCCUUCGAUCUUGGGAUCAAGAUGGUUACCGUGUUGCAGAGGUAGAAUGGAUACAUGAUAUAUAUCCACCAGAAGGAACAAGAGAGAGAAAAGAUCUGCAGGAAACGACAAAUCAUGCUGCAGAGUUUGCUCGAAUGUGGAUGAUGAGGGCAAAAGAAGCAGCAAAACAAGAUCGAAGACGUCUCGCUGAGCUCCUUAAUGUGGAAGCUAUGAUGCCCUCACAUGAGGAUCCUGAGCGUUUCAGCUUCUGGCUAAUCACUUUAACAAGGAGAAGACCAUCCGAGAGACUAGAACUUCUACGAUUAAAAGACUCAUUAGAGAGAAUAAGAUGUGGAUUGAUUUACCUUAGACAAGAAGAGCAAGGCUGUAGGUUACAAUAGUAAUCGUGGUAAUAAAUGAUUACUAUAAUUGAUGCCCCUGUAAGAUAAUUCGAUUUCAUUUACUCGUUACUCCGAGUGUGUAGCAUAUCUUUUUUUCCGCAAUGAAUGUUGUGGUUUAUUGAAACUGUAUUUCUUUGUUCUAUAGACAAUAACUAGAUUCUUGUUACGGAAACUCCUGGACAUUGAAGAGCAUAAUUUUCUUCUUGUA